GCUUUAAACGUGUUAGUGCACUUAACGAUGUAGUUUUGACACGAAGCUGGUUCAUUGUGUCCUAAUAGAACCGCCUAGAACCGGUUCAGCUCUUUAGUCGGUAGUGAAGCUACCUGUUGGGCAGCUAAGGCUAAGCUAGGUGUGAAGGACUCCGGAUGAUGCACGUUUGUGAUGCGCGCUCACGUUGCCGGUCUGUCGGUGUCCCGGUGCUAGGUCAGGACAGCAUCCUGGAGCCGCUGUGCUUUCCGGACCUGGCCGCGGAGGACUGCGGCGCCUCCAGCCUCCAGCGCCCCAGCACGGAGCUGCUGCCGUGCCCGCUGUGCUGCCAGUCCGCCCCGCUGCCGCAGAAAGACGCCCUCCUCAAACAUCUGCUGCUGGAGCACAAGCUCGUGAUCGCAGACGUCAGACUCAUCGCGGAUCUGCCCAAGUACAUGUUGCACUGGAGGGGAAGGUUCCGGGAGCAGCCCGUCACAGAUUUCUGUAGCGUGAUCAAGACGAACUCUACGGGCCCGGUUGAGAAACAAGAGGAUUACUUGCUUUUGUGUGACGUCCUCCCAGAGGACAGAUCUCUCAGAGAAAAGCUGCAGCAGAAACGCCUGGAGGAGGUGCUGGAGCAGCAGCAGAGGGAGAGAGACGACAGCAGCUUCCAUCAUCUCUGCAUGUUCUGCAGCGAGGAGUUCACUGGAAACAGGUCGUCUCUUCUCAACCACAUGGCCAGAGAACAUUCCUUCAGCAUCGGUCUGCCAGACAACAUUGUUUACUGCAGCGACUUCCUGGACACGCUUCAGGCCAAGCUGGACAAUCUACAGUGUUUGUACUGUGAGAAAACCUUUCGAGAUAAAACCACGCUGAAAGAUCACAUGAGGAAAAAGUCUCACCGCCGCAUCAACGCCAACAACCAUGAAUACGAUCGCUUCUACAUAAUCAACUAUUUGGAGCUGGGGAAAACCUGGGAGGAAGUACAGAGUGAGGACGAUCGUGAGCUCAUAGAUGAUGAGGAUGAUGACUGGUCAGACUGGCAGGCUCAUCCUGUGUCUGCUGUGUGUCUGUUCUGUGACCAUCAGUCAGAGACAAUGGAUCAAAUCUAUGCCCACAUGAAGGAUGCUCAUGACUUCGACCUCCAUAAAGUCAAGAUGGAACUCAAUGUCACGUUGCGUCUCUCUGCAGACCUCGGGUUCUACCAGCAGGUCAAACUGGUGAACUUCAUUCGGCGGCAGAUCCACCAGAGCCACUGCUACGGCUGCCAGGAGAAGUUCAAAUCCAGAGCUGAUGUGCUACAUCACAUCACAGCUGCAGGUCACGUAAUGAAGCUGCCAGACACAUCCACGUGGGACCAGCCUCAGUAUUUCUUCCCAACAUAUGAGAACGACGGCCUCCUGUGUACGCUGUCCGACAGUGACGAAGACGAACGCGACGAGACGCCUCACGGUGAAGACAUCCCGGUAAUUGCUGAGGACAUCUCCAACCUCAGAGCUCUGAAGCAGACGAGUGUCCUGAACCAUCUGCUGAAGAGCAGAGGCUCCUGCUGCUGAGAUGCCAUUGGGCACUGACUAUUACAGUAAUAAGUCAGACUUCAUUGAUCCCCUUGGGGAAAUAAAACAGAAACACCAACCACCCUGUGACAACGAGACAUCAAAGAGCAUCUGCCCAACGUCUUCCUCCUAAACUUCUUUAAAUCUUGCUACUUCUCAUAUUUAACUUUUAACUACGCUGAUGUUUUAUGAACUCAUUAUUCUCUAUUCAACAGAAAAACUGUGUUCAUGUAUUAUCAGUGAUAAUGAUGGUUUCAGCUGUUGGCAUCUAUUAAACAUGAUGCAGAAUCAGCUCUAAUGCUUUUUUAUGUCAGUUGAACAUCAUAGGUUGGUUUCACUUCAAGAAACGUUAAGGCAUCAGAAGGAGCUUUGUCCCCCUGUUGCUUCCAGUGGACUUCAUCAUCCUGCUUAGAACCUCUGACUGACUAAGCUCCACCGUCACGGACCUGACAUGAAGCUCAAAGUUUCUUUUUGUUCUGCCUCCUUUAGUAAAUAAAGGUGUGAAGUAGG